CCUGGAUCCCCCCUUCUCACUCCCUGUUCUCACCCGUCCACGUUCUCUCUCGCCCUCUCACAGAAUUCCACGGUAGCUGCAAUCACGUUUGUCUACGCUUCCUGCAGAAACUCCCUCUCUCAGAGGCAACCCAAGUGGCGGUCGGGGGCUGCACGGCACGUAAGUUCUGCCGGCUUCACCUCCCGCUUCUUCAUCUCGACGACUGCAAUCCCCCAUCCACCCUACUUCUGUCUAUCCUCUAGUCGCCCUUUUCCCCUAUCACCCGUUCUCCUUGAUCCUCGGUCCGCCGUGACUUCUUUUUUUCAGCCGCUCCGCGCUUCUUUUUGGAUCCCCACGAACCAAUGAAAACGACGUAACAGCCUGCCGAUAUCACCGUUCCGCACACAGAGUCUGCCAUCUCCAUGGCGCGACGUUACCAGAUCGAUGAGCUGCUAUGGCUGCGCUCGUCGCCUCUGGUCUCUAAGCCUGUUACUUUACCUCCUGUAGAAGAAUGGAUGGGACCGAUCCCCGACCCAACAACGCAACGAAAAACCGCCAACCCCAGAGAUCCUAAUAACCCCCCCGAAACAACCCCGCGACGAUCGAGCAUCUUCGAGGCUCGCCAUGUCUCCCGUGGUUCAAAUUCAGAGGACAUCGUUCUUGGACCCCCGAAGACUGCUUUUGCCUCCGCUUCUCGCAUCGCGACUAAAGGUUCCAUCGACUCCACUGAACGGCCGCCCAGGCAACCCGACUCGGAGGACCCCAAGAACGACCGCUUCAACUUCCGCGAAAAGUUCUUCAAGGAAAGAGAUGCCGGCGAUCGAGAUUUUGAUCGGCGCGAUGGCAAACAGGCCACGUUCAAUGGCCGACGUUUAGAUCGAGAAGACUGGAACAGCGGGCGCCCGCGUCGCACCUUUGGACCCGACGAACAAGAGAGAAAGCCUAGACGGAACGGCGAGUUCGACCGCUGGGAGGGUGCUCGGGACUUGCACCGGGACCGCGACCAACGAGAUCCCAAUUCCGAUCGAGGAGUCCGAGAUACCAAGGAUGGUCGGUUCUUUCCUCGCCGGGACGGCCAGCCAGGGCGCGCGCGGCACGAAGGCAGCUGGUUUCGCGAGGAAAACGUCCAGGAUGGCGGACACGAUGCCGAAGAGGAAAAGACACCAGUUCGCAAUCGUGAAUGGCGUCGGGACCGACAUGGUGCGGAUCGUGAUUGGACUCGCGGUGCCAAGCUUGAACAGGAGCCCGAGUGGUUGGACGCCAACGACAGGGACGAGCCUCGCCGGGUGCAUACCCAAGAAGAUUUUGAACGGUGGAAAGAAAGGAUGAAGGCCGGAUCUUCUCAGCCUCACGUGGAAGAGAAGAAAGAGUCCCCCGUCGAGCAAUUUGCUGGCCCCUCCGAGAAAGCCGAGAUCAAACCCACCGACGGGGAAAUCUUCAGCAGUAACGGUGCUCCUUUCCAGGGCGACACGGCGAUGGAACGAUUCUUUGGGCUUUUGGGUGAUGGCAAACCGUCUCCGGUCGUUACCACGUCCUUGCCAUUGGAAUCAACGCCUAAGAAGGAGACCGCGCCGGCCGCGCCGGGCAAGUCGGCCAAGUCGUCUCGCUUUGCCGGACUGUUUAGCCCUCCCCCGGGGAGUCCUGCCAGGGAGCCUGAUCCUCCUCCUCAAAUGAUGAUGGGAGGCAAGUCUCCAGUUACUCAGCCACCCCCGUCAUCAACAACGCCAUCGGCCGAUGCGGACCAGGAGGGCUUCCAGCGUAUCCUGCAAAUGCUGGGCACCAGCAAGUCACGCAAUGCUACACCCCAUAACGAUAACGUGCAAGCCAACCGUCCUCCAUCUUUGGUGCAAAUGGACCAGACUCGGAGUGCGGUGUCAUCUCCGACUCGCGAGCAAGUCAAGAGGCCCGAACAACUAGCCAUGCAGGAUGCUGCAAUUCGGAAUGCUGGCCCACCUCUCAAGGAGAAUGUCUACGUCCAGGACGCCCAGGCCCGAGACAGGGAAAACUUGCUCCGCCUCAUGCAACAGGUCAAAGUGACUCCCAUCACAAGCCCGGGACACGGUGGUCAAGGUCAGCCCCAGAGCGCCGGCCCGGCUCCCGGGUUGAUGAACAUGCCCGAAAUGAUGCCUCACCCUCCUCCCGGACUCUCAUCCGCGCCGAAGGUGCCACCUUUCCUUGACGAUCCGGCGAUAGCCAACCUGCAGCGACCGGAUCCCGAACAGUUCCGACGGAGACCUGCGAACGGACCGCCAAUGGGGUACUUUGACGAUCUGCCAUUCCCUCAAGGUAGCCAAGUGCCCAUCACCCCUGGUGGCUCCAGGGCUCCGCAAGGUCAGGGACUUCCCGGUAUGGGCAUGCAGAGACCUCCGGGAUUCGAACAUAUGCCUCCCCCCGGAUGGAAUGGUCACCACCAGAUGCCCCCACAGCAGGCAGGUGGACCGCCGACUCCUAUGGGCCCUCCGCCAGGCAUUCCGACGCCCAAUCGCGGCAUCAACCCCAACUUCAUGGGAAACAUGAUGCCCAUGCACGGAAAUGUACCUCCUCUCGGUGAUCGACAGCCCUUCCCUCGUGCUGCCGGCGGUGCUGGGUCGGCGGGGUUCCCCCCUCCCAGUAUGAUGCCACCCCCUGGAUACAUGAACGGUCCUCCCCCGGCCGGAUUCCCUCCCAUGCCGCCUAACGCCGAGGCCCUGAUGGGUGUUGGUCCCGCGGGACAGGGCCCCUUUGAAGGCAACCCUGGUCCUCAAGGACCACCACCUUCCUCUCGACACUUGCUGGAUAUGUUCGGUCAGGUUGGUGGUGAUGCCCGCGGCGGUAUGAUUGGCCCAGGUCAGUUCAGAUAAGAGGGCGAAUUUGCCAAUGUCGAGUGAAGGUGGAAAUCUGGAGCAGCGGGGGAUGGAGCUGCGAGGGAGGGCAGUGGACUCCAGUCGUAAUUGUGCCAGCAGGCCAAAGAUUGACACGAUGGAGCAUUAUGGAUGCAGUGAAAUAAUUUCCUAGUCGAGUAUUUGAUACCACAACGGCCGCCAACGUGUAUCGCGUUUGUACAUCUAGGUAGAUGGCUGGAUAGCUUCGAUCGAAUCUACUACUUGACCUAGA